AUGAGAGAACGCAUUACCUUCAUAGUUUCCCACCCUUCCCACACUCACCCCGACAACUUCGAGCUCAAGAGAAAUAGUCUAACAAUAAAGGCUCUUCCCCAAAGCGCUCGAGAGGACCGCCUUACCUUCGACAUCCGUUCUCUGCCAAAGCCGAUACAACAGCUCCUUAAGGAUAUUAAAGAAGCUCACUUGCGAUGGUCCUCAGGAAGAUUUUAUCAAGCAGUCGCGCCGUAUAGCUCUAGGGUCUCGGCAGGACUACAUAUAUUGACUAAGCCUGGGUGGAUUGAUGCCACCACACUUUUUUCAGGAGAGAAGUCGAAGGAUUCAAUCUUCGAUGACUCUUUUCUUUCCGCUGCUUUCGAUCUUCACCACUUCCCCAAAGAGAGGCUUGCGGCUGGUAUUUUCGGAAUAGGUCAAUGGCCCAAAACCUUCUACUCGCCUGUCGAGUCUAUUGCACCUUUUCGAGCAUUUUUGCAGAAGCUGUUGAUGUGGCAUCAUGGGAUAUUGAACAAAGACAGUAUCCAUUGGAUGGAGCGAUUAGAGAAGCUUGAUGAUGCAGAUUAUAUAGAUCUGAAAUACGAUGCUAUUUCGCAGAAAUUCGAAGCGAGUAUCUUCUGGGGCCCAGGAGAAAAAGUGUGGAGUGAGACGCUUGAAGGAAACGGCGAUGUAGAGAUUGGAGUUAUGGGUGUUGAGAAAGGUAUUGAAGAAGACGAGUUGAAGUUGGCGGGAUUUAUUUAUGAAAUUGGAGAGAGUAAAGAUUUCGAACCAACAUUGUUCUCAUUCCCUUCCCGCCACCAUACACACCCUUCUACCUUCACCCUCACCAUCCCGCAGCCCACUGGUCUUCAUCCUCGUAUCCAUAUUUCUCUCCCAGGCGCCCUACAACCACCUCAAGAAGAGUGCACUCUCAAUGCCCACUUUAACAUCCCUUCUGCACUCUUCGUCGAUGUCUACCAGCUCGGCCCCUCCAACACAAACCUCCUCAAUACUCUUAAUAUCAAGCGGGUUCGUGAUGUGAGUGGUAAUACAGACCUCGAAAAACCAGACUACAGCUCUCAGCAAUGGGGAAGUCGGGUCUUGAUUGAGAUUGAUACCGAAAGUAAGGGCGUAGGCCCACUAAAAGUGGAACUGCCACUUCAUCUUAGAUAUCUUAACCCACGCGAGAAUUCUUCCUCAGCGGAAGUAGUCUUUGCAUGGCCAACAGUUUUCUGGGCAUGUAAGAGUGACAACUGGGUCAAGAUGGGGAAUAACCCAUUCGAUCGCACGAACCUGGGAUGGGAGGAUUUGUUCCCCGAGCAGGUGAUGUACUAUCAUCUCUCACCUACUCCUGCUCCAGUGGGUGCAGAUAGUGGUAUGGUAGGCGUAAAGGGUGGUGAAGGGAAGGAGGGUACUUGGGGAAGAAUUCAAGUCCCGGUAUUGGAUAAGGGAUGGGGUAACAGUGAGACUAUAAAGACCUGGACAGCAGUGAUUGUUGUCCUCGGGUUUUUGUGGGUCUUUAUCAGGAUUGCUGUCGCAAAGAUUGGGAAGGGAAUGGAUGAAAUUGGGUUUGGGACGGGAGGAAGAGAAGAUGCAGUCGAGAAGAAGAAGAAAUAG